GAGGAAGAGGACUGAACUGACAGCUGUUUUUUUAGUAUGCGGACUCGACAAAGGGCCUCCCAGCUGGGAUUGUUGCUCCUAGCCUCCCAGGUGUUUCAGGUCGGUCUGGACAACAUCCCACCUGUCACCCUGGCUGUCCUGGCUCUCAAUGUGUAUCUUUACAUGUUCCCUGCAGCUCCACUGAUGCAGGCCUGUGUGAGUGUCCAGCAGGCAUAUUGGUUUAAUGAUUGGCGUCGUCUUGUGCUGUCCCCACUGCAUCAUAUGGAUGACUGGCACCUCUAUUUCAACAUGGUGUCCUUCCUCUGGAAAGGAAUCAGGCUUGAGCAGCGGCUGGGUGGAGCCUGGUUCGUCUACCUGCUGUCAGUCUUCUCUCUGCUCACUGGAUUAGUCUAUCUGGUGUUGGAGGCAGCGUUAACACAACUCACCCAGGACCAGUCCUACAGCAUGACCUGUGCUGUUGGCUUCUCAGGUGUCCUGUUUGCUCUGAAGGUGCUCAAUAACCACUACCACCCUGGAGGUGUGACCAAUGUGAUGGGUAUCCCUGUGUCAAAUCAGUAUGCUAGCUGGGUGGAGCUAGUGCUGAUCCACAUAACAUCACCUGGGACCUCUUUCGUUGGUCACCUGUCAGGUAUCCUGGUGGGUCUGCUCUACACGUCUGGACCACUGAAGACCAUCAUGAAGAGAUGUGCAGAGAUUGUGACAUCGAAUGGAUAUAACUCCCGGCCCGGUGCAAACUACAACUCUUCAGGCUUUUCAGGCUACAGUGGCACUGGUGGAGGAUACUCAGGAUACCAUCAGCAUGCACCAGAUUACACCACAAAUCGUUCAGCAUCUUAUUCAGGUGGACUGACAGAGGAGGAGCAGUUAGAGACAGCCAUCAGAAACAGUCUGAAUGACGGUAGACAAAGCAGCAGGAGAGGAGCUCCUCCCCCUUAUGGUUUCAACCUCUCAGACGAGGCGAGAGCUGAGGAAAUCAGAUGGAGGAGAAUGAGGAGGUUCGACAGCUGAGCUGCCAGGCAACGGAGUGGAAGAACGUUUAGGUGUUGAGACACUUAAGCCUGAUCCAGACUCUGCUUUCACAGGCUGAGCGGGAGCGCCCAGAAUGAGAAGGUCUAAACACACAGUCAGACACAUUUAAGAUCUCUUUUAACGUGUGGUCCUUUGUAUUUACAUGCCUCUCAGUGUAUACCAAAGAGUUAAUCCUAACCCUACUUUGAUGCAUAGAAUAUUCAUAUGCUCAUGAGCAGGUUAUGUUUGGAUGCUGAAGUUGUCCUCUGGCAAGUUGUCUUCUGGUUUUUGCAGCUUCCAAUUUGGGAAUUAAGGGGAAAGUUAAGGGAUAUUUCUAAUAUAUCUCUAAUAUUCCCGUGGUUACACCACUUCAAGUUGUAAAACGGGUAUGGCUAAGAAAAACAUUGGGCAUGAUUUUCAGGCUCUUGUGAUGGAGGCCCUAUGCCCUAAUACAUGGAAAGUGACACUGCACAGAGCCAUCGUUUUGUAUUGAAUAACUGUUUUGCAUGGAUAUGACACCACAAUCUUGUUGUGCUAAAUAAAAAGUAUCACAGUGGCAUUAAUUGUUCAUGGAACUUGCUUUAUUGUUUAUAGUUGUUGAUCUUCAGCUGAUUGUCUGUGGCCUGGGUGGAGAAAAAGCUGUGAAAAUGAAAUUUUUCUUUUCUCACAAAUAGAAUCUCUGACAGAUAUUAAGGUGGGAUUUAAAUGUUUUAUAUGGAUGCAAAUUAAAGUUUUGUUUUUUUUCCAUGAAAUGUUAAAUCAAAACUGGACAGUAUUUUCAAAAUAGGUUCAACUGAUUAGAUACCAGCAAAACCCGCAUGAUGCUUUUCAACUUGAGCUGUGGCUUCCUCCAUGCUGUUCAUCAGGUUAUCAAAACACAAUCCUGUAUGGUGUCAAAUAGUCAUACUACGCAUUACUAUUAGCCUACUAUCAUAGUGCUGUCUUAUAAUGCUGUCUUAAUGUCCAUCAGAAAGUGCACACCUGGAUUCAUGUGGGCACAGGAAGCUUGUGUAAUGCCGCAUCUGUA